AGAGCUAUCAUAGCUGUACGUGGACUUGAACAUCAGUUUAGUAUUUUAUUUCAUAUUCGUUGGCUACUUACUAUAUGUGGGCGAUGCCCAAUCCUAGAGCGAAUGAACCGAUGAACUCGCAUUUUGCAACAGUGAAUUAAAAAUAAAAACGCGUAAACCGAUGCAUUCCUGAUAACGCAGGUGUUCUUUUGGAGAUAUAAAUGUCUAUGUCUACAUUUACCUUGAGCCGCUCGGACCGAAAGAAGCUCUGUGUGAUGCAAAGGAAAUCACACAGGGGAAAUUCAUAAGGAAAUGCAGAUUUGUCGAUAACCUUUCGUUAAAAAAAAAGUUCAAACAGCCGUGGGUAUGCAUAAAUAGAAGCUAACCUGCUGCUAAACUAUCUCGAACACUUUAACGAAAAACUGAAUUAGACUGACUCUCUCUCUCUCUCGCUCUCCCUCUCUCUCUCUCCCCGUCUGUCUUUCUCCCCCUCUCUCUCUCUCACACACACACACUCCUCCUCCCUCCCUCUUUUUCUCUCUGCUCUCCCUCUCCCAUGAUCUCUCUGUCAGUCAGUGCUCCCGUUGGCAGGGGAGAGAUUGAAAGUGACACACACAGAUUGUUCUGUGCUAAAGCUGACUGAGGCGCAGGACUAGGAGAUCUCUGCACCGCUUCUCUGUUUUCGCGAGCAUCAAGUUUUACGCUGCCCCCUUUUGUUUCGUUUUUCAAUUUCUUUUUGUCGUUUUUAUUUUUGAUUUCCGCGUCUGCAGAUGGCUGUGUCUCCGAUUCUGAUGCGUUAUUCCUGUCCUCGCCGAUAAAGGUACAAGUCCGGAGGAGGACAACGCCGGAACCCAGUUUUGUCAAAGAAACCACCGCGGACAAAAAGAGGACAAAGCAACCACUGCCGGACUCCUGUCAAGUUGUUUACUGCGUCCUUCUCCCGAGGCGGCGCGUGUUCCUGUACGAUCCCGGCUUACUUCCACCAGCGACUCCUGGAGCGCGCUCUCUCUCUCUCUCUCUCUCUCUCUCUCUCUCUCUCUCUCUCUCUCUCUCUCUCAUACACACACACACACACAUGCCCUGUCCGUCCAUCCUUAUCGUUCGUCUCUCACUCGUCCUCUUUUAAUCACACACUCUCACGCUCCAGCGGAGUGCGCAAAGGAGUAGCAUCCAGCUCCGGUCCGAGCCGAUUUCAACCCCUACCGAAGCAAGACCAAGUUCAGCCCUGGAUUCAAUACUCUUAAUCAAUGGACAGAGCCUUCUCCCCAGCCAGCCUAGGUACAGACACUCCAUAAGCGGCCCUUACCCUCUGGUGGGAGCGCCCCCCGGUGGCGGUUGGCGGCAGAUGGAGCGCGGAGGCGGCGGCGGCGGGGGCGGGGAGAGCCCCCGGAGGCUGGACAGUCCCGAGAGGAGGGGCAGCCCGGAGCUCAGCGGCGCCCCCCCGGGGAAGGUGGGGCGGCUGGAUCUGAGCGCCCCCCCGCCGGGGAAGGCCGGGCGGCUGGAGCUGAACGGGAGCCCCACGGGACCCCGCCUGCGCCACAACGGGGGUCCCCUCAGGCCCCUGGGAGGCCUGAUGAUCCCGGUGUUCUGCGUGGUGGAGCAGAUGGAAGGGGGCGGAGUUGGGGGCCUGGGGAUGGACGGGGAGGGGCGGGAGGAACACGCGGAGUUCGUUUUGGUGCGCAAGGACAUCCUCUUUACCCAGCUGGUGGAGACGGCCCUGCUGGCCCUGGGGUAUUCCCACAGUUCCGCUGCCCAGGCACAGGGGAUAAUUAAAGUAGGCCGCUGGAACCCGCUGCCCAUCCAGUACCUGACUGACGCCCCAGAGGCCACCGUGGCAGACAUGCUGCUGGACGUGUAUCACAUGGUCACACUCCGCAUCCAGCUGCAGAGCUUCGCCAAGCUGGAGGACCUGCCGUCGGAGCAGUGGAACCACGCCACCGUGCGCAACGCCCUGAAGGAGCUCCUGAAGGAGAUGAACCAGAGCACCCUGGCCAAGGAGUGUCCCCUCUCACAGAGCAUGAUCUCCUCCAUCGUCAACAGCUCCUACUACGCCAACGUCUCCACCUCCAAGUGCCAGGAGUUCGGCCGCUGGUACAAGAAGUACAAGAAGAUAAAGGGUGAUUACCUGGAGAAGAUGUGGCCGAGUCGGGAGAACUCCGAAAUCAAAGUGGAGCGGGACAGCCUGGCCGAUUACUGCGUCCUGGGACAGCGGCCUCCUCCUCCUCACCUGGCCGGCCUGGCCCAGAUGGGCGGACCCAUGGGCGGCGGCGGCGGCGGCGGCGGCGGGUCCCUGGUGAAAGGGGGUUCGGGGGACCCCCAGACCCCGACCUCGCAGCAGCAGCAGCAACAGGCCCAGCAGCAGGCCCAGCAGCCCUCCCCCCACGGCCAGCUCCACCACAGCCCCCCGCUGCGCGCCCUCCAGCCCCUGCUGGCCCCCGGCGGCCUGCUGUCCCCCCACCUCAGCCCCCAGCUGGUGCGCCAGCAGUUGGCCAUGGCCCACCUCAUCAACCAGCAGUUGGCGGUCAGCCGCCUGCUGGCCCACCAGCACCCGCAGGCCCUGAACCAGCAGUUCCUCAACCACCCGCCCAUUCCCCGCCCCGCCAAGCCCGGCGACCCGGGCGCCAGCCCCUCCGCCGUGGAGGUCUCGCCCGACAUCUACCAGCAGGUCCGCGACGAGCUCAAGAGGGCCAGCGUCUCCCAGGCCGUCUUCGCCCGCGUGGCCUUCAACCGCACCCAGGGCCUGCUCUCGGAGAUCUUGCGGAAGGAGGAGGACCCUCGUUCGGCCUCUCAGUCUCUCCUGGUGAACCUCAAGGCCAUGCAGAACUUUCUCAACCUCCCAGAGGGCGAGCGCGACCGAAUUUACCAGGAGGAACGUGAGCGCAGCAUGAACCCCCCCGCGAGCCUGCCCUCCACCCCCACCUCCAGCCCUGCCGGGCCCCGCCUCACGCAGAUGGUGUGGGAACGAAACAACGACGAAAAGUUAACUCCAGAAGCGUGGGCGAAUAUUUGGAAAAAUAAGCCCAAAAUCUCAAACUCGCCCAAGCCUCCGGGCCCCAGCCCCGAGCUCCCAGUGAAGAUCGAGUCCCUGGUGAACAUCUCCUCGGUCAUCUACGACGAGAUCCAGCAGGAGAUGAAGCGGGCCAAGGUGUCCCAGGCGCUCUUCGCCAAGGUGGCCGCCAACAAGAGCCAGGGCUGGCUGUGCGAGCUGCUGCGCUGGAAGGAGAGCCCCACCCCCGAGAACCGCACCCUGUGGGAGAACCUGUGCACCAUCCGGCGCUUCCUCAGCCUGCCGCAGUCCGACCGCGACCUGGUGUACGAGGAGGAGUCCCGGCACCAGCACAACGAGCGGCUGCACACCGUGCUUCACCUGCCCGCCGACCCGCAGCAGGCUCUGCAUAGACAGCCCCCCCAGCCCAUGAAGGACCACUCCCCGAUGCGCGAGGACCCCAUGCCCGUGUCCCUGCCCGGCCCCGGGGCCGAGGAGGCCCAGCAAGCGGGGGCCAGCUCGGCCAAGAGGCCCCGCUCCCGCACCAAGAUCUCCCUGGAGGCCCUGGGCAUCCUGCAGAGCUUCAUCCAGGACGUGGGGCUGUAUCCGGACCAGGAGGCCAUCCACACGCUGUCCGCCCAGCUGGACCUGCCCAAGCACACCAUCGUCAAGUUCUUUCAGAACCAGCGCUACCACGUGAAGCACCACGGGCGGCUGCGGGAGCCGGGCGAGGCCGAGGGCGAGGGCGGCGGGGUGGACGUGGCGGAGUACCGGGACGAGGAGCUGCUCUCCGGCUCGGAGGACGCCGAAUCCGGCGAGGACGGGCACGAGGAGCUCUACGGGGCGGAGUCGUCGGGCGUGGGCGUGGGCGGAGCUACGACGGUGGCGGUGUCUGUGGCCCCGCCCCCGGAGGAGGGGAAGGACGCGCCCCACCUGCUGUCCGCUCGACCCAGCUCUCUGCCCCCCAGCAACACCUCCCCGGGCCCCCGGGACACCAGCGAGCACCAGAGAUAAUGCGGCCGUCCCUCAGCGAGAGUCAGGGGGGGA